AUGAUGCCAUCACAAAGAAAAGUAAGUGUGGCUCAAGGAUUCCAAGCUGAAAUAAGCGAGAAUGCUGGACUUUCAUUGAAACAGAGCCAUGACCUUAUGGGAAAGGAGGCAGGUGGGAUGGGUAAUGUGGGAUAUACUCGGGAUGAUCUUAAACGAUAUCUUCGAACGAGACGGGAAAGGAGCUUGAAAUAUGGAGAAGCAGGAAUGUUAAUUGACUACAACUUUUUUGGAGACGUAGUCACAUUCGACACAUCCUACAAAACAAAUAAAGAAUAUCAGCCACUUGGAGUAUUUGUGGGUUUUAACCAGCAUAGGCAAAUUGUGAUAUUCGGUGCUGCCCUUAUGUAUGAUGAGACGAUAGAUUCUUUCAAAUGGAUAUUUGGUACAUUUUUAGAAGCAAUGUGCGGAAAGCGUCCAAGUACCAUACUAACCGACCAAGAUCACGCCAUGGCAGCCGCUCUUUCAGUUGUCAUGCCUGAAACAUUUCACGGUCUAUGUACGUUUCACAUAAGGCGUAAUUUUAUGAAACAUCUUGGCAAUCACUACAAGAAAAAUAGUGAUCUUCCAUACAUGUUUGGUGCAUGCACGUAUGAGUUUGAAGAAGUGGAACAAUUCAAUAGGGUGUGGGAGGCGAUGGUGAAGAAACACAAUCUUAAAAAUAAUGAAUGGCUCUCCGGGUUGUAUAGAAUUCGUGAUAAAUGGGCAAAGUGCAUGAUGAAAGAAAGAUGGAUUGCGGGAAUGCGAAGCACCCAACUUAGCGAAAACCUUAAUGCAGCAAUUAAAAAUCAUUUGAAACUGGAUCAUGACCUUGUGCAGUUCUUUAGACAUUUCAAUCAGGUAGUUGAUGAAAAGAGACAUAAUGAACUGAUCGCAGAAUAUGAAAUGAGGUAA